AUGCAUUUAGGCAAUGGACACUUUGAGAAGAACUGCCCAUUCUCUGAAGUUCCACUGGCGUUAGCAGUUAUAACAACCGGUAUUUCCCUUAUUCUGUCCUUCUUAGGUAUCCUUGGGAAUAUCCUCGUAAUUCUAUCUGUUGCGUUAGAUCCGAACAAAAAUCUUCGAACACCAUUCAAUUGGUUAAUUGUAAAUUUGGCAGCUGCUGACCUAAUUACUGGAACCAUCACAGAUCCUAUCUCUGUGAGCAUUCAUUUCAAACUAUGCCUUGGGAAGAAAAAUACUGAUGCCGAACAGGCUGUAUAUAAUAUGAGUUACUUCAUUUCAUGUACAGCCUCAGCUUUAAGCAUUACGAGUUUGGCUGUCGAAAGAUACCUGGCAGUAAGAAAACCAGCCACAUAUCGUAAUCAAAUGACUAUUAAACGAAUCGUAUUCACCGUCGCUGUAAUUUGGUUGAUUUCAUUGUCUUUACCAAGUAUAUAUUUCGAAGUUGGAUACAUUCUAUACUCAUUUGUCUUUGUUAACGCAUCGCUCGUUUUGGCUAUUUCAAUAACGUGUUUCACAUACCUCUUAAUGUGGCGAAAAAUCAAAGGACGAUCUCAUAAGACAAUAGCAAAUCAUAACAAAAGCAUAGCUUCGCUUUCUUCAACAGAACGUGAAAAAUCAUCAACGCCUCUGAAUGAUCCAACUGUAUCCAAUUCAGUUGUUACGAGCACUAAUAAAAUGGAAGAAAAAGUCACAAAAAUGUUUCUCGUGGUCCUCAUUGCCAUGUUUUGUUGCUAUGGUCCUGCAACUUUGUUUAUUUAUCUCAUCAACUUCUGUGAAUCAUGUAGUUGUGUCGCUUUACAUUGGUUUUUGGAUUUGGCAUUAAUUUCAAUCUUAAUUAAUUCUAGCUUGAACUUUUUCUGUUAUGCAAUGCAGUCUUCCAGAUUCCGAAGUGCUUUUAUACAAAUCUUGAAGAUAAAAAGGAAGAUUCAUCAACACCAUGAAACAGUUUCAAGAAGCGUGAAUAUUAGCAAAGAUAAUUGCGCAAGAUCGACGACCGACACACGAGAAGACGUACAAAUGGAAGAAAUGUUUGAAAAACUAGAUGCAAGCUAGUGAUAAAACUGAAUAGCACAACAAAAACGUAAAAAGUAUUUUGAAAACUGACAGGACAGUAUAACAUAUUUAUAAAGAAAAUGUUCGUUAAUUUGCCUUGAGGUCUGUUCUGAAUUGGAUAAGAUGUUUUCCGAUAUAAUUUGUGUCUUUAUCG